UAUCAAUACCAUCAUCACUGGCGGCGGCGGCGGCGGUAGCGGUAAUCGCUUACCGCAAAUGGCAAACAAAUAGCAACAGUAAUCGUAACCAAUUGUUGUUGUUUUCAAAUGGCAAACGGUUUCAAACCAAUAGAUACAGAUUACGAUCAUCGUAUCCCUGGCCAGCAUCAUCAACAACAACGACAAUACGAUCGGCACAUACUAUCCAUAAUAAUGUCGACGACAUCGAUAUUGUGGACAUUAAACGCCAAUCUAAUCAAACAAUGGUUAAGAUUAUGAUACCUUCGUUUGCAGACUUCGAUAAAAUCUUAUCAAACGGUUCAGGAUUCCGGAUGAAUGGCAAUAGCGAACUGUCAAUCAUAACGAAUGCACAUGUAGUCAGCGGUAGUCAUUUGGUUGCACUGCUAAUGCAUUUCAAUGGACAGUUGGCUGUCUUGCCGGCCACUGUCACGUAUGUUGAACAGCACCGGGAUCUGGCUAUGUUGGAGUUGCUAAUUAAUCAUAUAGAGAGCGAUCACUACCAGGCCUUACCGUUUAGCCAAUCAACUCAAGUAAACGAUAUGUUAGGCGAACCAGUUGUCUGUAUUGGCCAUACCAGGACAUUGGGUGAAAAAUCGUGUCAUACGGGUAUUGUCCAAUCAGUCGGUAUUAAUGUUGGCCAUCAAUAUAGACCGUAUGAAAUUUUACUAGUCGAUGCCCAUGAAUCGUGUCCACUGGUCAUGCAUUCGGCACCCAUAUUACCCGGCUAUUCGGGUGGUCCGGCCCUAACAUCCACGGCUCAAGUGUUUGGCGUACAGGUUAUGGUUAAACUUGAAGAGGAUUUUAGUUUUGCCAUCACUUUAACUGAUUUAUUAGAUUUUAUUGAAAAUAGUAAACAGUAUGCAAUGGGACUCAAUGUUAGACAAUUGAUACGUAAACAACGCUAUACAUUAGCACCGGGAUAUAAAUUAGGAUUGAUUUUAUCCAAUACUAUUGAUGGCAACAAUACUGAGUUAACAAUUGAGAAUAUAAUACCUCAAUCGCGUAAUAUUAAAUAUAUUGGCCAACAAAUAGCUAAUACAGAUAUCAAACAAUUGACUGAUAAUCUCAAUACAAUUACAUCAAAGAAAACUACAUUAAGAGUAUCGGUUAGGAAAGAGUCUAAUAAGCCAUUGAUGUUAACAUUGAUGACUGCCAUUGAUUAUACUGAACCUGAUUUACCCAUUAUUUUCUAA